AUGACAUCCUUUACUGGAAAGGUCGUGACUGUUACCGGCGCUGCGUCAGGGAUGGGAUUGGCAACUGCUAAGCUCCUGUACUCUAGAGGGGUUCUGUUGUCGCUCGCAGACAUUCGAAAAGAUCGCUUAGACGAGGUUUUAUCACAGAUUACAGGAUCGAACCAAUGUCCCGACAACACCAACAUCUUGACCUUCGGCGUUGACAUCAGAAAGAGCGAAGAGGUUGACAGCUGGAUCGACGCAACCGUGAAGCACUUUGGGCGACUGGACGGUGCUGCCAACGUUGCUGGAGUUUUGGGAAAGUCAUUUGGGACAGGUAGCUUGACAGAGAUCGACGACCAGGAGUUCGACUUCAUCACCGGUGUCAAUUUCAAGGGCCUAUUCAAUUGCCUACGGGCUGAAUUGAGAGUCAUAUCCAAAGGGGGAAGUAUAGUUAAUGCAUCAAGCUCGACUGGCUUGGAGGGCCAUCCCAAAAACUCUGUCUACUCGGCAACAAAGCAUGCUGUGAUCGGCUUGACCAAGAGUGCUGCGAGGGAGUUUGGCGAACAAGGUAUACGAGUGAAUUGCGUGGCUCCGGGUACCAUCAAGACACCGAUGGUGACGGCUGUUGGUGGGUUGGACAAGGACAAUAUGUCUUCAGUUUUCGCCCGAGUGCCACUGAAGCGAAUGGGUGAAGCAGAUGAGGCCGCAAAGGCGUUCGUUUUCUUACUGAGCGGCGAGUCCAGCUACAUGACUGGAGCGACGCUUGGUUUCGAGCUCAACAUGAUCACAAUGGCGGACACACCAAUCUGGUCGAAGCCUUACCUCUGGGCGGCGGUCGUCGUCGUCGUUCUCGCCAUCUAUCGUCUCUUGCAGGUCGGCAAACGCGACCCUCGAAUGCCCCCAGGUCCGCCCACGGUUCCAAUUCUAGGAAAUGCUCACCAGAUUCCUCGCACAGGCCUCUACAAGCAGUUUCGAGAGUGGGCCAAGGAAUACGGACCAAUCUUCAGUCUCAAACUUGGACCUUCGAAUGUCGUUGUUCUGUGCGAUCGAAAGGCGAUCCAUAAGCUUCUCGUCGAGAAAGGCGCCAUUUACUCGGACCGUCCAGAGACUUAUGUUGGCCAGCUUCUGACCAAGGGUGAUCACCUGGCGGUCUCGCAGAUGGAUCCUCUCUGGAGAGAAAAGAGAAAGGUCAUCGCGCACAACUUCUCACCUAAGCCACUGGACGAGAAGCAUUUCCGAGUUCAGGAGGCAGAGGCUACGAUCCUCAUGAACAACCUCUUGACAACCCCGGAAGACUUCUACAGGCAGAUCAGGAGAUACACGGCAUCUGUAGUGAGCUCAAUCACGUAUGGGUAUCGUGGCGAAACUCCGGACUCAUUCUGGGCCAAAGGCGUCUAUGAUGUGAUGGACAAGUGGACGGCUGCUAUGGAACCUGGGGCUAACCCUCCAGUGGAUGAAUUCAAAUUUCUCCGGUACAUACCCAUGUCGAUGGCAUUCUGGAAACGUCGGGCUGUCGAGGCUGGUUCUGUGAUGGAUAGUGUUUGGGGAGAGGCACGCCGCCGGAUCGACGAGAGACGGGCUAAGGGCGAGCGACGAAAUUGCAUCAUCGACACUCUGCUGGACGAGUACGAAAAGAAGGGAAUGCCAUUCUCCAAGCAUGGCUUCGACAACCUGAUGGGUGAGCUGGUCGAAGGCGGUGCAGAUACAACGGCAGCUCAGCUUCUUACCUUGGUCCUCGCUUUUGGUCUCUACCCGGAAGUUCAGCAGAAGGCACGAAGAGAAAUUGAUGCUGUUUGUGGCACUGAGAGAGCUCCCCUCUGGUCCGACUUUGACCGACUACCGUACAUCAACUGCAUUGUGAAGGAAGGCAUGAGAUGGCGCCCAGUGGCUGUCUCAGCACUACCUCACAGGGCACGGGAAGACGAUGUUUACGAGGGCAUGUUGAUCCCCAAGGAUUCGACCGUCUUCCUCCCCACAUGGGCCAUCCAUCACUCUCCCGAAAUCUACCCUGAUCCGGAAACCUUUAACCCAGAUAGAUAUCUCCAUCACCACAAGCUAGCUAGCGACUAUGCUGGAAGUCCUGACUGGGCAAACCGAGAUAAGUUCAUCUCUCCCUACGCAACGACCUUGAGAGACUAA